UGGCCCACAAAUCCAAGAAUAUCAGAAUCAAUUAGUAGGCAAAGUUUGGAAUAUAUAGCAAUUGGCUGAAAGUUACACUAAAUAUAUGAUGACUAUUUGCUUUAUCUAGACCCUUUAAAAAGCUAGCCUUGGUGACCAAAAAAAGACUCAACUUGUUGCACAUAAUGAAAUGGAGAGUGGUGGUAAUUUUAGCCUUGUGUCUUUAGUGAAAUGCUUCAAUGGGUGCAAAGAUCAAGCUCAAGUCUCUAGUUUUGGAACAAGGAUUUGGAAUUUUAGUGAUAAAUCAAUUGAAUUGCAAAUAAGGGUUGGUUCAAUCUUGAAGAAAGUUCAUACAUUGAAACCAGGAUCAUCAAAGAGGCUAAAUUCCAAGAAAAUUUACAAGGCUUAUAUGCCUAGUAAUAAUAAUUAUUAUAAAGGUGGAGUUAAGAGUUUACUUUAUUAUUAUGAUGAAUCUUGCCACCCUUAUAUUUGGAUUAAUGAUACUGGUUGUGAUUUUUCAAGAAUGGUGAAACAACAAUACAUAAGUCUUGAAGAUUUGAGGGAUUGUUCUGAGCUUAAAAUAUUUAGAGAUCAUCAAAGAGGUUGCAUUUCUGUUAGGAAGAAACCAAGAACAGAACUUUGUUGAUUAAGUUCUUCUUUCCUGUUGGAGCGCCACCCCCGAAUGCGCAAUUCAGAUUUAAUCUAGACUUGUCCGUACACUGGCUGGGAAACAAAAAAAAAGUGUUCUUCUUUCCCUUUUGCUUUGUAAGACAACAUUUUUCAUAAUUAAAAAUUUGUGAUUUGAAUGCUU